AUGAUCGACUACUUCUACACCCGAGACUACAUGGUUGACGAUCUGGACUUUUCGGCAGCCUCGUUCAAGCAACUGACCGAAAGUUUUAUCGAAGAUUUUUGUUCGGUUCUUGAAACAUCCACGGGGCUGGGUCCAUUGCCAUUUCAUAUGAUGAUGUAUUUAUUGGCACAUCGCAUGGAAAUCUCGGGACUGAAACUUCUGGCCAAGGAUCGUGUUACACGUUUCCUAAUCGAUAACAUGACUCUUGAUAUAUUCCCGUGGUCCAUUUCUGCCAUAUACAACACAUACAACAUGAAUGGUGAUCCAGUCCAUGAACUUCGAGAUAUUGCCGUCCAGGGUACCAUUGAUCAUAGGGCCGAUCUAAGACGCGGCAACCCCAUGGUGCUCGGCAACGACCUUUUGGACGACAUGCCCGAAUUCACACGUGAUGUUCUAAUUGCAAUGAUGGACCGGGAAAUGGAAGGUGACCAAGGAAUGACAGUUUACUACUCACCUUCAUGUUGGGGAACAUGGUAA